UGUUUAUUGAUCGUUCAAUUCUGUCAAAUGCUUUCACUUGAUAAUAGUAAUUUACUAUUUAUUGAAGCCUGCAAGUGAAAGCAUUUCACAGACAUACAAAACAAGCUACAUUUUCAUACAUAAAAGCAUACAUUGUAAAUAAUACAAUACAGAAUGCAUUAAAGACAAAACAAAACAAACCCUAUUUUAGUCAACAGCACAUAUUGCACACGGGUUGUAUCGCACAGGUCAGGGCCUCCCCAGUGUUACAGUGUGCACACGGCCCUGCGCUGUGGAGCCUCUCCACUGUACCGCAGUGUCGUCCUGCCCCACAAAGAGAGCUGCAGUACUGCAAAGUGUGCAGGCAGCGAGGGAGGGGGAGGAGGGGGGAGGAGGAGAGGGAGGAGGGGGGUACCGCACUGUCGUUACGAGUCCAAGUGUAGAAAGGCAGGAGGAGAGACGCAUUAUUGCAGCACACACACAACCCAAACUACCGCACUUCACACAAGGCGCACGGAGAAAGCGAGAGAGAGGUAGGGGGUGACAGAAAUCAACAGAAAGACAACUCAUUUCACAUGAUUGGACUUUUUCCCCUUUCGUCUUGAAAUUGCAUGUUUUUGCCAGUAGCUUUUAGAAGAGGAAACUCAACCUCCAGCAGCCAAUCAGCGCCUCCUCUCAGCAUCAGGACCGGAGGAGCUGCAUGCAGCCCUGCAGGAAUAUAAUAACCCUCCGCGGAUCCCUCUCUCUUACAUGGAUUAUCAUUUAGAAGUACUUUUCUCCUGAGGUCGCAUCGCUCCACUUCACUUCCUGCUCGCCCGUGCAGCCUCACAGUGAAUUAUCGCCCGGCCCUUUACGUGUCUCGGUGUAUUGCGGUACUUUGCUGACGACUUGCAGUAUAAAUGCAUCGCUAGAAGAUCACUGCGCAAAGACCCUCCGCCUGUUUACUGUCCGCGCGGCACUUUAUUCGCUUCGCUAACUGAAUUUCUCUGACUUUCCUUUGGAGCAGUGCCUAGAAAUCCUUGUCUAGUUGUUUUGUUCCUGUGAUCUUUCCUGUUUUUUCUUGCUUCUUAUUUUCGGGUUGUACUUCAGAGCCUCCCUCUCCUCCUGUCUGUGAGUCAAACAGCUGCAUAGAAGAUGUCUGCCCCAGAUGCUGCCGCUCCAGGAGCCCCCGGGCCCGAUGGAGCCCCCGGCGGAGGACCUCCCGCCCCCCCCAACACCUCCAGCAACCGCAGGCUACAGCAGACACAGACCCAAGUGGAUGAGGUGGUGGACAUCAUGCGCGUGAACGUGGACAAGGUUUUGGAAAGGGACCAGAAGCUCUCGGAGCUGGAUGACAGAGCGGAUGCUCUCCAAGCCGGGGCCUCCCAGUUUGAAAGCUGCGCAGCUAAGCUAAAGAACAAGUACUGGUGGAAGAACUGCAAGAUGAUGAUCAUGAUGGGGAUCAUUGGAGUCAUUGUGGUUGGAAUACUAUUCUUGUACUUCUUCUACUGAGCUCAGCCCAUCAAUACAGAUGGAUAUGGACUUGAGAACGAUAUGAGAGGAAAGAGCAGAAAAAAAAAAAAGAUUCCCAAGCGCCACUCGUCCCCUUUUAUCCUUCCUCUCUUCACAGUCUUCCAUCAAACCAUCUUGCACUUAUACGUGACGACAGUAGAGUUUAUAGGUGUCCCCCCCCCCUCCCUCUUUCCCUCCCUCCCUCUCUCCUUGUUGCUUUCUUCCACUGUUUUGGCGUCCUGUCUCUGCCCCUCAUGCAUUAUUGAAGGACGCAGCAGGCGGAGGGAAAGAGGAAGAAGGGAAGGGAAGAAGGGAGGGAGAAAAUUCUUGUGACACACGAGGCUAAGUCCUGUAAAACAUGGCUGUGAGAGGGGGGGGGUGUACCAUGAGAGGGAGGGUGUACCAUGUGAGGGGGGUUGUACCAUGAGGGGGGGUGUACCAUGAGGGGGGGGUUGUACCAUGAGAGGGGGGGUGUACCAUGAGAGGGGGGUUGUACCAUGAGGGGGGGGGGUGUACCAUGUGCAGACGGUGAGUGUGUGCAGGGAGAUUGAACAGUUUGCAGUCCUUUCGACCCCAGAUAUACGCCAAAGCUUGUUCAUAUUACCUUUUUUGGACGUUCCUACAUUUGUAAGUUGAUACUAACAGACUGCUUCUCUCACAACGCUCCCAUCAUCCCUAUUUACUAACACACGGUCAUGAUAGAUUAAGAUUAGAAAAGCAUUUUUGUUGUAUGUGUGUGUGUGUGUGUGUGUGUGUUUGUGAUCCAAAGUAUUGUAGCAAGUAGCUUUUUUUGGAGAUAGCUGGUUGUAUUGGUUUCCUUUCUGCAACAUUCAGUGAUUAUGAUAAGAGGACAAAUGUAAAAAAGGGAAGUUAUUCAGGCGGAAGUAGAAAGAAUGUUUCCCUCUUUUGAAAAAGCAACAUCUGGACUUCAAAUUCUGGACACAUAAGCAAUUAUUGAUAAAUGACUUGCAUAACUAUGCUUCAUUUGACCUUGGUUUUAGUACCACAGGUGGGAGCAUUGUGUUAUUGUUAUGCUAAGUGGCAUAUUGAUGUGCACAACUAUCAAAAACAGACAAUCUACUGUACACAUGAACUGAAGGAGGACUCUUUACUCUGACUUGGACACAGCCAUAGACAGGUGGAUGUGAAGCGUCACAUUUAAAAAAAGAAAACUGGUACAAAAGCCAACUUUUGUACAAGUUGUGCUGAAAUAAUAAGUUAGUUUGAUGUUGAAAAAGCAGGGAAAUGGGGGAAAAGGACAUGAUUUAGAAACCCAGAUCCACCUCCCGUCCCCACUCACUUAAAAAACAGACUCACGCAACAUGAGGUGUUUCUAACUUGCAUGGCAAACCGUGUCCAUAGUUUUGCCUUUUUGUGUGAUCUGUGUAUCUGCCAUUUCUGAACCUAACUGCCGAUUGUACAUUUUAUUUUGUUAGUGGUUUAAAGGACCUGUGUAUAUGUCUUUCUGAUCUUAAAAAAAUUACGCUUAUGCAAUGCAAUGAUGCUCAAGAGUUUGCCAACAUUUGAUUAAUUUCACUUUCAAAAUUAUAUUCUCAGACUGCAAACAACUGCUUCUAUAGUGAGCUGUAAAAAAACCAUGUAGUAUUGUAUGGAUUGAUUAUUAGCACACAUGUCAGAUUAUUCUCCUGAACAUGUGUUUAUGAACUCUUCAGGUUUUAUGGGGGGGAUAUAAAAGUAAAAGCUAAUUUUGAGAGUUGAUUAAAUGAAGAUGCAUAAUGUAGCAGUUAGUUGUAAUUAUCUGAUGAUAUUGUGCAGCGAUGUUAUCAGGUUGUUGCCACGGGAGAUAAGAGAACAUGUUUUGGGAUUUAAAACCGGGAAAUGCAGUAAGAAGAUGCAACUGAAAAACAAAAUGCAUGCUUACCACUUUUGCUGAUGCCAAUAAAUAAAUCAUCAACACAA